GGGAUGCUGUUAGGAAGAACGUGUGUUAGAAGAAUACUCCAUUCCCAAACAGCAUGUGUGUUUUGUGCCCGUGAAGUUUCACACAGCUCCAAUCCUCCAACUGUUUCCUUACAAUAUCACCAGGAUCAUUCCCGAAAGGAUUACAGCGACAACUCAAACGGGUUCAACAAAAAUUCCUCAAAUCUUAAGUAUGCUGCACCCUUCAUCCUUCUAAAUGUGUCAGCUCUACUGGCUUCGAAGAAAAAGGACGGGGCUGAUGAUAUUGAAUCGAGAGAACUGGCAACUAUGGUACUGGAAGAUGGACAGAUAGACAUUGUAAAAGUUAGGAAACUGCUAAAAGAUGGUGCUGACCCUAAUUUUAGGUACCAAGCUGGCUGGAGCCUGAUACAUGUGGGCGCUGCGAGAGGAAAUGUUCAGCUGGUAAAGAUGCUAACUAGGUUUGGAGUGGACGUGAAUGUAGCUGAUCAAUAUCCCCCGGGUAACAUCUCCAAAGUAGACCUAGUUAAUGUCCACCAGCAGCGUCUCACCCUGAACCCCAACUACAAGCUCAACGUGAACUGGGCCGGGUUCACCCCGCUACACUACGCUGUGAUAAAUGACGAUGUUAAGAUGGUUAAAGUGCUGGUGGAGGCUGGGGCUAGCGUGAACUCCAGGACUAACACUGGGUUUCUUCCUGUUGAUCUGGCUGCGGACUCGGAGAUAAAGAAAAUGUUGAAGGAGCAGGAGCAGGUGGAAAAGAAGAAACGUAUUCUAAGUUUAGGACCAUUUCUCAAGGAUAAAGUGAUCGGUCAGGAGAGCGCACUGGCUUUAGUUACAUCAGCUGUUCAGAGAAGAGAUCUGGGCUGGCAAGACGACAAACCCCUCGUGAUGCUGUUCGUUGGUUCGUCUGGUAUCGGCAAAACAGAAACAGCAAAGCAGCUCGCUGCGCACAAGAACGACAACAAUCCUGACAGCAAGGUCUCCUUUAUCCGUAUUGAUAUGAGCGAGUUCCAGGAGCGACACGAGGUCUCCAAGUUUAUUGGUUCCCCACCAGGGUAUAUCGGACAUGAUGAGGGAGGUCAGCUGACCAAGGCUCUCACUGAUCAUCCUGAGUCGGUGGUUUUGUUCGAUGAGGUGGAGAAAGCUCAUCCAGAUGUUCUCAAUAUAAUGUUGCAGUUGUUCGACGAAGGACGAUUAACAGACGGUAAAGGAAAAACAAUACUUUGUCCCAACGCAUUAUUUGUGAUGACAACCAACGUGGGGGCUGACCAGAUCGCAAACUCAGCUUCUGAGAUAGACGAGGACUUCAAGAAGUACGUCAUGUACCCUGAACUGAAACGAGCAUUCCGGAGAAAUGAGUUCUUGGGCAGAAUAAACGAGAUCGUUUACUUUUUACCUUUCACCUCUGAGCAAUGUCUGAAGCUGGUAGAACGAGAAUUACUUCGAAUCAAACAGUACGCCGAGAAACAAAACAUUGAAGUUUCGUGGAGUGACAGCGCAGUAGCGCUACUUGCCACAGCUAUUGAUUCUAACUACGGUGCUAGGUCACUGAAAAACGAGGUAUCCCGCAGAGUUGUUAACAAAAUAGCUGAUAUGAACUUGGAGAAUAAGAUUAGGGCUGGUUCUAAAGUUUAUCUUACUGUUUUGGAUGGUCAGAUACAAUUUAAUGUAAGCUGACGCCUCAGUGCUGUUUGUUUUAAGCUGUGUAAAUUCGCGUGGUUAAAAAUUUGUUCUGCAAUGAUUUUUGAAAUUCUGAUUAGUGAUAAAUAGAUUAGCGGGAUAUGUACAUGAUUUACGGCCAUACGGGCCAUAUGCCACAAUAUUAGGUUGAUCUAUCGAUAUGUGAUCGGGAACGAAUUCAUCAAUAUUCGAUUUUAGAUUUUAAUCGAACUUCUCGCCACUGAUAACACGAUGUGUGCACUGUAAAAAUGAUGUGAAUAUAGAAUAUUGUACUACUGAUGCUACUGUCAGUAUAUAGACGUUUUAGAGAAACUAAUUUAUUGAUUUAUUUGAAACAUUUUCGUUCUUACAACGUA